GACAACAACACCAAUAUUAGUAUUAUGUAUUCUUAUCCUCUUCAUCGUUACUUUUAUAGUUCUUCUAUGAACUGAUCGUUUACAUAAUAACUACCUUCCUAAUGAAAUUCUUCUGACAAUUCAUCUGAUUCAUUUGAUCCAUUUGCUUUGCUCGCUUAAUAAUUCCGUCAAUCACCUCAUCUGUCGGGGCACACUGACUAGUUUAUUAACCUUACUAUCGCGCCGUUAUGCGUAUGAUUGACUUCUGAAUACUCGUAGCGUUGCCCCGUCCAUCUCGAUUCGUCUAUACAGCCGAAACCAUGGCAUACCAAGAACUUCUCGACUCCCCAUCAUCGUAAAUACCCUGUGCCUUUACCCCACAACCAGCUACCUAGCUGAAUUCCGCCAAUCAUCACAGUGUCAUAAUUCAGACUGAGUAUAGUUGAAGGACAUUUUCUCGGUCUUGUGCUAGACCGAGGUAGUUCAACGGGAGCUUGUUUCUCUCCCUGUCUUUAAAACGGGGAACAUGCUUGAUGCGCGUAGGUGUAGAUAAAUAUUAAAUAUGUAUAUAUAUUACCUACCUAGUGCCUAGGCACGUAUACUGUAUGUGUGGCUAUCUGGUUCACGGAUCUAGCUAGGUCAACAUAGUUUGACGAUCUCCCGCGCCUGCGUUAGAGCUUCUUUGCUACUGGGUAUCGGUGCGUAGCUGCAGAUUAACGCUAUGUCCCUACAUCUCCUUGUCUUUUCCGUCUUGACUUUUGCUUCCUCGGUGUUUGCCGCAUUUGGCUUCACCCAGUCCGGGAGUAAUUAUGUCAUCGACGCCGGCUCGAGCAAUGCGUUGAUCUUCACUGUCAAUGGAGGUAGCUGCGAUAUCACUUCGAUCAAAUAUCGCGGCACAGAACUUCAGGAUUCUUCCAGCAAUACGCACUUGUCGUCCGGCCUCGGUUCGGCAACCGUCAAGGUUGAGUCCGUCACAGCUAGUUCUGUCAAUUAUGUCAAGGUAACCUGCACAACUUCGACGUUGACUCAUUACAUGGUAGUUAAGGAAGGGGAAAGCAACAUCUACCUCGCUACCUACAUCAAAUCGGAACCUUCGGUCGGAGAGCUUCGCUUCAUCGCGCGGCUCAAGUCAUCCGUGCUCCCUGAGGAGUACCCUUACGGCAAAGUAUCAACUACUUCGGGCAGCUCGGCUACCGUAGAGGGCUCUGAUGUCUUUGUCGUCGACGGGGAGACUCGAUCUAAAUUCUACUCGAGCACUCGAUUCAUCGACAAAGACGCGCAGUGCGUCUAUGGUGGUUCUGAUGUAAUCCACGUGUGCGUUUUAGCUCCACACCCCGAAUCGUCAUCUGGGGGGCCGUUCUUUCGUGAUAUCGAAAGUAAUAAUGCCGGCUCUGCCACAAAUCUCUACUGGUACAUGAACAGCGGUCACGUCCAGACCGAGGCUUUCCGAACCAAUGUGCUUCACGGGCCUUACAUCUUGACCUUCUCGCGAUCGGGUAUCCCUAAGCUUCGCGAGGCCGACACCUCCUUCUUCUCGGGGCUAGGCGUCACCGGUUACGUGGCCGAGUCCGGCCGUGGUUACGUCUCCGGUACUGCCUCUGGGAUUUCAACCAGCUUUCAGAACGUCGUCCAUUGGUAUAAUGCACAGGCACAAUACUGGGCCAUCGUAUCAUCUAAGGGUGCUUUUACGUCACCAGCGAUGAAGCCUGGCGCCUAUACGAUGGUUUUAUAUCAAGGCGAGUAUAAGAUUGCUACUGCGACCGGAAUCUCUGUCAGCGCCGGCAAGACAACGUCCAAAGAUAUUGCUAAUGCCGAGACGUCACGGAAUUCUCUAUGGAGGAUCGGAGAAUAUGAUGGCAAGCCCACAGGAUUCCUUAACGCAGACAAAUUUCUUCGAAUGCACCCCUCUGACUCUCGCAUGUCUGCUUGGUCUCCCGUCACCUACACUAUCGGUUCCUCGUCCCUAGGUCAGUUCCCCAUGGCUCUGUUCCAGACGGUCAACAACCCCGUGACAAUCAAGUUUACUCUAGCUUCUGCCCCCGGUGCCGCCACCCUCAGAAUUGCGACCACUUUGUCAUUUAGCGGAGCUCGCCCCCAAGCCAAAGUCAAUUCCUGGACGGGAACGGCCCCGUCGGCUCCCACGAAGAUCGACAGUCGUGGUGUAACUCGUGGAGCGUACCGUGGCCAUGGUGAAGUCUAUGAUGUUAACAUUCCCUCCGGUACUCUCGUAGCCGGCUCAAAUACUAUCACGAUCACCUCUAUAUCAGGAAGCAGUGGCAGCACCUUCUUAAAUCCUAAUUUUAUCUUCGAUGCCGUCGAGCUCUACACAUGAUACUACCUACUUAAGUAGGUAUAUACCAAGUGUCAACGACGAAAGGGGCAUGGAGUAUUUACAUGCCUCAACCACCAAGGAUCUAUAUCUUGUGAUCUCAUUUGGUCGAAGAUGGUUAUGAAAGUUUUGCCCCGAUGCAUUUCUCACCUUCCAACUUCCACCUUUGUUUCCUCUAGUUAUAUAUAC